AUGCUCCGCGGCCAGACCCUCCCCUGGAGAGCUGCGCUCCACCAAACACCUCGUCCUCUGCUCCGCCGGCCAUUUCUUGCUGCCUCAAGAAACAAUGCGAGCUUUCGGUCAGCCUUAGUCUCCUCCCGCCUUUCCCGGCCUCUUGCUUCAACACCCCGCACGUUCUCUUCCAGCUCCAUUCAACGGAAAGAGAAGCCCCCACCUGAGGACCAAAAAGACGACCAAGAACAGAAGAACGAUGAGACACAGCACGAUGAGAAAGAAACGGAUCGAGCCUCUGAUACUAAGAGGAAAGCUUCUGACUCGGGAAAGAGUUCCGCUCCUGAGCAAACGGGCUCUACGCGGAGAAAAGACCGGUCUUCCAAUGACAAAGAACAGCGCGCAUUAGCGGAAGAGGCUAAGAAGGAAGCCAAGGCGGCGGAUGGAAAGGGCGAUUCGGAACAUACACCAGCUCCCAUCCCCCCUAAUAGUGGCUCAGCCGACUCGAAGCCCAGCUCGGCAAGCAGCGGCGGUAGCAGUGGCAACGAUGAUAAUAGCAAGAAGGGGAAGAAAGGAGGCGACAAGGCACUACAAAAACCAGCUGUGCCAGAUGUGUAUCCGCAGGUGAUGGCUAUCCCCAUUGCGAAGCGUCCACUGUUUCCCGGAUUCUAUAAGGCCAUCACGAUUCGGGACCCGAAUGUCGCUGCUGCGAUCCAGGAUAUGAUGAAGCGAGGCCAGCCGUACGUCGGUGCGUUCCUGUUCAAGGAUGAUAAUGCCGAUGGUGACGUGAUCGAAAACCUGGAUGAUGUUUAUGAUGUCGGCGUCUUCGCUCAAAUUACAGCGGCGUACCCUCUUCGCGGCGAAGCUAGCGGUGUGACUGCUGUUCUAUACCCCCACCGACGUAUCAAGAUCUCAUCUUUGCUUCCCCCCAGUGAAGCUACCAAGGAAAUUACUACUGACGAGAAACCGACUGAAAAACAAGGGGAUGUCGUGGCCAGUUUCGAAGAAGGCGCACCGGAAAACGCGCCUAAGGACCAUUACGAGCCUACCUCUUUCCUCAAAAAAUACCCCGUCAGCCUAGUCAACGUGGAAAACUUGACGGAAGAGCCCUAUGACAAGAAAAAUGGGAUUAUCCGCGCUGUAACUAGUGAGAUCGUGAAUGUGUGCAAGGAGAUUGCCACUUUGAACCCCCUGUUCCGCGAUCAAAUUUCCGCUUUCUACACCGACCAGUUCCCGGGGAAUCUCAGUGACGAGCCCGCGAAGUUAGCCGACUUUGCCGCCGCCGUCUCAGCUGGUGAACUGCAUGAAAUGCAAGAAGUGCUUGAGACCAUGGAUAUUGAGGACCGGUUACCGAAGGCACUUGUUGUUUUGAAGAAGGAAUUAAUGAAUGCUCAGCUUCAAUCGAAGAUCACCAAGGACGUGGAGGCUAAGAUUCAAAAGCGUCAACGUGAAUAUUGGCUUAUGGAGCAGAUGAAGGGAAUCAAGAGAGAGCUUGGCAUCGAGUCUGAUGGCAAAGACAAGCUCGUGGAGAAGUUUAAGGAAAAGGCCGAGAAGCUUGCUAUGCCAGAGGCUGUGAAGAAAGUCUUCGAAGAGGAGAUUAACAAGCUGGCCCAUCUCGAGCCGGCGGCCUCUGAGUUUAAUGUCACCCGCAACUACCUAGAUUGGUUGACUCAGAUUCCUUGGGGUCAGAAGAGUGUUGAAAACUUUGGGAUCAAGAAUGCCGUCGGCGUCCUAGACGAGGAUCACUAUGGACUCAAGGAUGUCAAAGACCGCAUUCUCGAAUUCAUCGCUGUUGGCAAACUUCGUGGAACUGUGGAAGGAAAGAUUCUCUGUCUUGUUGGUCCUCCUGGUGUGGGUAAGACCAGCAUCGGCAAAUCGGUGGCUCGUGCUCUGAACCGGCAAUACUACCGUUUCUCAGUGGGCGGUUUGACCGAUGUUGCCGAGAUCAAGGGUCACCGACGGACCUACGUCGGUGCUCUCCCGGGACGGAUCAUUCAAGCUCUCAAGAAGUGUCAGACCGAGAAUCCCCUGAUUCUCAUUGAUGAAAUCGAUAAGAUAGGCCGUGGGCACCAAGGGGAUCCUUCUUCGGCCUUGCUGGAGCUUCUAGACCCCGAGCAGAACUCGUCGUUCUUAGAUCACUACAUGGAUGUUCCGGUGGAUUUGUCCAAGGUUCUCUUUGUUUGCACUGCCAACGUGACCGAUACUAUCCCUCGUCCCCUGUUGGACCGUAUGGAGCUGAUCGAACUCUCUGGUUAUGUGGCUGACGAGAAGAUGGCUAUCGCCGAACGUUACUUGGCCCCGGCCGCCCGAGAAUUGACCGGUUUGAAGGAUGUCGACGUCACUCUGCAAAAGGACGCCAUUGAGGAGCUGAUCAAGUCCUACUGUCGGGAGAGUGGUGUUCGAAACCUGAAGAAGCAAAUCGAGAAAGUGUACCGGAAGGCAGCAUUCAAAAUCGUUCAGGACCUAGGCGAAGAGGUGCUACCUGAGGAGGCCGCUCUGACCGAGGAGGGCAAGGCUGCCCAGGAAGAAUCCAAGGAGCACGAGUCUUCUGACCCUGCCGAAACCCCCAUUGAACCUGAGAAGUCGACCACCGAGACCCCGCGACUGGCUCUCAAGGUGCCCGAGAGCGUGCAUCUCAGCAUUGGCAAGGAUACCCUGAAGGAUUACGUCGGGCCCCCUGUCUUCACAGCGGACCGUCUGUACGACCGGUUCCCUCCUGGUGUCACCAUGGGUCUGGCAUGGACCAGUAUGGGCGGAGCCGCUCUUUACGUCGAGUGUAUCCUGGAGAAUGCCUUAAAUCAUCAAUCCCGCCCCGGUCUGGAGAUUACGGGUAACCUGCAGAAUGUCAUGAAGGAAUCAUCCCACAUUGCCUACUCCUUCGCCAAGUCCGUCAUGGCGCGGCAAUUCCCCGAGAAUGCAUUCUUUGAGAAGGCCAAGGUUCACCUGCAUUGCCCCGAGGGUGCUGUUCCCAAGGAUGGCCCCUCUGCCGGUAUCACCAUGGCCAGCUCCCUGCUCUCUUUGGGUCUGAACCACUCGCUUGACCCCACCGUUGCGAUGACUGGCGAGUUGACAGUAACGGGCAAGGUGUUGCGCAUUGGUGGUCUCCGUGAAAAAACCGUUGCAGCCCGUCGUGCCGGUGCCACCAAGAUCAUUUUCCCUGCGGACAACACUUCCGACUGGCUGGAACUGCCUGAGAACAUCAAGGAGGGCAUCGAAGGCCAUCCAGUCAGCUGGUACUCAGAAGUCUUCGAUAUCUUGUUCGCCGACCUCAACCAGGACACUGCCCGUACGGUGUGGCAGAAGGCUCUGGCCAAGCCUCCUAGCCAGAAGCGCGAGCGAGACGGUGAGGAUGACGAGUAA